ACCAAACGCUUUCACACCGACCGUGUAAAUUCAGACGCAAGUCAAAUAACGGGCCAGGUCUCUCGGGCUCGAAGUAACCUAUACUUGUAAAUCUGCAGAUAUAAAUCAAACAUGAACGAUUACUUACGCUGAAACCUGGAGAGAUCUAUCUUAGUAGCGAGCGUCGUGAGAUAGGAAAACUUUACCCCACGGUGGCACGGUCCGAUACCCGGAACCUUGAGCGAGGCCGGUCCCAAGUCGGAGGACGGAUCUCCUCUUAUAAGAUUCGCGAUAUGAUUUCUCCGUCAGUUCACUUCCCUUUCGUCAGUCACCAUGAAAACCUUUAUCUAUAACGUGCUUCCGUCUCGUGUCAUCUUUGGUAAUGGCACUCUUGCGCAAAUCGUCCAAGAGAUAACAAACCUCGGAUGCAGCAAGGCCUUGAUAUUGACUACGCCGAGACAAUCAACAAAGGGAGAGCAGCUGAAGGAGCUCUUGGGAGAUAUGGCGGUUGACGUAUACACGAAUGCGACGAUGCAUACACCAACGAAUGUUACCGAUGACGCUGUUGGCAUCGUCCAGAAACUGGGCGCAGAUGUGGUCAUUGCCCUCGGGGGUGGUUCAACAAUCGGUCUGGCGAAGGCAAUCGCACUGAGGACUGAUUUACCGCAAAUCGCCAUUCCAACGACAUAUGCAGGAUCGGAGGCAACACCCAUUAUUGGUCAGACAGAAAAUAGCCUGAAAACGACGCUAAAGACCCUUAAAGUUCUCCCGGAGGUGAUCAUCUACGAUGUUUCCCUGACCAUGACCUUGCCAACGCGGACGACUAUCACUUCCGGAUUGAACGCCAUCGCGCACGCCGUCGAGGCUCUUUACUCAAAGGAGGCUAAUCCCAUCACCGACACUCUUGCCGGACAAGGAAUUUCGAGCAUUGCUAAAGCUCUUCCCAUCCUCGUGAAUGACUCUCAGAACCUCGACGCGCGCAGCGAAGCUCUCUAUGGCGCCUGGGUGUGCGGGACGUGUCUGAGUACAGUAGGAAUGGGGCUACAUCAUAAACUAUGCCACACACUUGGUGGUACCUUCAACAUGCCUCAUGCCGAAACCCACACUGUCAUCCUCCCUCAUUCAAUGGCCUACAAUGCGCCUUAUGCUCAGGAAGCGAUGGCAAAGGUCGCAAACAGUCUCGGUGUAUCCAAUGCGGCUCAGGGCAUAUUUGAUCUUUCCAAGAGUCUUGGGGCGCCAUCCACAUUGAAGGAGCUAGGAAUGAAAGAGGAGGACCUGGAGAAAGCGGCUGAUAUCGCUUCGAAGAGUCCAUAUCCUAACCCCGCACCUUUGGAGAAGGAGGGGCUCCUGCAGCUGCUGAGAAAUGCAUAUGGAGGAGUGCGACCGAACUAACAAUGACGAUGAACAAUAUAAAGAAGAAAUCCAUUGUGCGAUAUCGAAUGCUGUGGA